GUGAAAAUGGCUUCAUCUAUGGCUGCGCCAUCUGUAACUCAUCCAGACACUCCACCUGGAAGUGCCCCGAGUUCCCCAAGAACGACAAACUGGAGAUGAUCCAUCUGCUGGUCUUCAACCGAGCCAAUAUGCCACCACUCAUGGGAAAGUUUUGGUAUCCAUUGCUGUUCGACUAUAUGCGUGAUUAUCCAACAACUCUGGUCCCUGGACUACCUUGGACGCUCCAGCAUAGCAAGAGAUUCUAUAUCUCUUGGGACGUUCAAGACCCCUUCCUCCUUAGUCAACAUGACCGUGCCAUUCAGCAGUUGGGUGGCGUUGACCCCCGCACUUCAUUAUGGGCAAACACCAAAGUCUACUAUGGUGGAGACAUCAGCGCCGGAAGAGGCAAGAAGUCGAAGACGACUCAGGGGCAGCGUCUUUGGAACUGAAAGCCAGAUGCUCAGAAAGAGCCAGGUCUAAUGACCCCAGAGGAAAGGCAGUCGGAGGCAACACCAGCAGAUUCCCACCAAGCUUGACAGCACUCGCGAGCCAUGAAGACGAUGGUGGAUGCGACAAGAGUACGAGACAUUAAGGAGUACCAAACCAAAGGCAGAUCACAAUAUGUCUUGAAGAGAUGAUCUUUGGCGCUGUUAGGUUGAACACGUUAUCGCUGUUGAAUGUUCACAGGCAACUCGGGUAAGGGAUAGACAUGGGCAUGGUUAAUGAGGACGAAGAUGAACUGAGAGCAGAAAGAGGAAUACGAAGGAGAGUUAAUUAGUAUUUAGAGAAUAAGCCUGGCUCUCCAAUCC